AUGUCUGAGAGCUCUGUGUCGGACCCUGCUGUCGGGUCACCCUCAGGUGUGGUUUGGGAGAUGAAGCCGAAGAACCGGUGGAAGCCAUUCAGUCAGAAGAACAUUAACCUGCUAGAGAAAACGUACCAGAGUCAGCUGAGCGGGAAGAACGAGGGGGGCUGGGUCAGACUGGAGACCAACCUGGAGGUGAACCUCAGCGGAGCCAACAUGAUGAUGCGUCAGCCAUUUUCCUGCCCGGUCAGAAGGAACUUCCUGUCGGGGAUCCAGGUGGAGUUCAAACAGUCGCUGCACCAGCGCAGCCUGAGGGCACAGCUGCACUGGCUGCAGGUGGAUAACCAGUUGCCGGGCGCCAUCUUUCCCAUCGUCUUCCAUCCUGUUCCUCCUCCCAAAUCCAUCGCUCUGGACUCAGAACCAAAGCCGUUUAUCGACGUGUCCGUCAUCACCAGAUUCAACCAGCACAGCAAUGUGAUGCAAUUCAAGUACUUCAUGGCUCUGGUUCAGGAGAUGGCGGUGAAGAUUGAUCAGGGUUUCCUGGGAGCCAUCUUGGCUUUGUUCACACCUGCUACUGACCCUCAGGCUGACAGACAGAAGUCUCAGCUGCUAGAGCGAGAUCUGCAGCUGCUGCAGACGGAGCUGAUGGAGGCGUCGCUCACCGAUACGUCAGGACUCAGCUUCUUCGAACAUUUCCACAUCUCACCCAUCAAGCUCCAUCUCAGUCUGUCUCUGGGCUCCGGUGGCGAGGACUCAGCUCAGGAGCCAGCGGCGAUGCAGUCUCUGAACCUGCUGCUGAAAAGUAUCGGAGCGACGCUGACGGACGUUGACGACCUCAUCUUUAAACUGGCCUUCUUUGAGGUGAAGUACCAGUUUUACCGCAGAGAGAAGCUGAUGUGGGCGGUGGUCCGACACUACACUGAACAGUUCCUGAAGCAGAUGUACGUUCUGGUUCUGGGUCUGGACGUCCUGGGAAACCCGUUUGGACUGAUCCGAGGUCUGUCUGAGGGAGUCGAGGCCUUCUUCUACGAACCUUUCCAGGGCGCUGUUCAGGGUCCCGAGGAGUUUGCUGAAGGUUUUGUGAUCGGAGUCCGCAGCCUGCUGGGUCACACUGUCGGUGGCGCUGCAGGUAUGGUGUCCAGGAUCACGGGCUCAGUGGGUAAAGGUCUGGCUGCCAUCACCAUGGAUAAAGAGUACCAACAGAAACGACGGGAGGAGAUGAACCGACCACCCAAAGACUUUGGAGAGAGUCUGGCUAAAGGAGGGAAAGGGCUGUUGAAGGGAGUCAUGGGCGGAGUCACAGGCAUCGUCACCAAACCUGUGGAGGGGGCGAAGAAGGAGGGAGCGGCAGGGUUCUUUAAGGGCAUCGGGAAAGGUUUGGUGGGCGUGGUGGCGAGGCCAACAGGUGGCAUCGUGGACAUGGCCAGCAGCACCUUCCAGGGCAUCCAGAGAGUGGCGGAGUCAACGGAGGAAGUGACCAAACUGAGGCCGGUGCGUCUGAUCAGGGAGGAUGGGAUCAUCCGACCGUAUGACCUGACGGAGUCGCAAGGUUUCGACCUUUUUCAGCGCUCAGAUAUCAAACAGCUGGAAGGUGAAGUGUUCAGAGAUCACUGUCAGUAUCCUGGACACCGAAAGACCAACAUCAUCGUCACCAACAGGAGGGUCCUGUGUGUGAAAGAGAUUGACUUCGUUGGUCACUUUAACAGAGAGUGGGAAUGUUUGUUUGAGAACUUUUAUCGUCCUGCAUCUGUGACGGGAUCUGAGCUGAAGAUCUACUGCAAGGAGCAGCAGAAACUGAAGUUACCAAAGAAAGAUGGUCAGGACUCUGUGAGGAACGUUCAGCUGAGAGACCCAAAGACUGCACAGAAGCUGCACACGGCCAUAUCCGACGCUCAGGUGGCACAGCAGCAGCACCGCAUGGCGAGACAGAAGUCGCAGCGCUUCCUCAAACUGAGCAACAAACAAUGAGGUCACUUCCUGUUAAUACCGCUACUUCCUGUCAGCACGGCCACUACUUGUCGACACAGCCGCUUCCUGUUGGUACAACUACUACUGUCCACUUCUGAUGAUUCAGCUGCACCUAAACUGUGGGACAUUAACUGCCCAGUAUGACCAUUAACAGACCAGUGUGACCAUUAACAGACCAGUGUGACCAUUAACUGCCCAGUAUGACCAUUAACUGCCCAGUAUGACCAUUGACAGACCAGUGUGACCAUUAACAGCCCAGUAUGACCACUGACAGCCCAGUAUGACCAUUAACUGCCCAGUAUGACCAUUAACAGACCAGUGUGACCAUUAACAGACCAGUGUGACCAUUAACUGCCCAGUAUGACCAUUAACAGACCAGUGUGACCAUUAACAGCCCAGUAUGACCAUUAACAGACCAGUGUGACCAUUAACAGCCCAGUAUGACCAUUAACAGCCCAGUAUGACCAUUGACAGACCAGUGUGACCAUUAACAGACCAGUAUGACCAUUAACAGACCAGUGUGACCAUUAACUUCCCAGUAUGACCAUUAACUGCCCAGUGUGACCAUUAACUGCCCAGUGUGAACAUUAACAGACCAGUGUGACCAUUAACAGACCAGUGUGACCAUUAACAGCCCAGUAUGACCAUUAACUGCCCAGUAUGACCAUUAACAGCCCAGUGUGACCAUUAACUGCCCAGUGUGACCAUUAACAGACCAGUAUGACCAUUAACAGCCCAGUAUGACCAGUAAAGUUGAGUCAUGUGACCAUUAUAUGAUUUUGGUGUUCAGAUUUAAAUCAUUUAUAAUUUGAUCAGUUAAUAUUUGCAGCUGAACUCUGUUUGUUUGUUUGUUUGUUUGUUUGUUUAUAAACUCUGAUGAUUAAUAAUCAUAUAAAAAAAACCUGUCUGUUUCUAAUAAUAAUGAUGAUAAUAAACUUUAAUAUAAACCAGGAAGCAGCAGUGGACAUCGGCAGUUUUAGAAACAGACACCUGUUCAGGUGUCUUCAGGUAAACCGUCCAAAGAGCUGAUUGGACGCCGUGACUUUGAAUGUGAGCAGAGUCAUGAUGCAUUCUGGGUAAAAACCCUCGCUGGAGUCAUGUGAUGUCUAUUUGUUGUUGUUGUUUUAUUUAUAGUGCAGAUUAUUGUGAAACAUCAACAAUGACUUUCUGUCACUGCACGGAAACAUCAAUGAAUGAAUUUAAAUGCGCUGAGGACUUGUUUUUGUUUUUGUUUUGUUUCUUCAGUUUGGGGCUGUGGUUUAUUUUUGGCCCUGCUGUUUGCCUGCAGGCUGUAACGUCAUGUUUGAAGAUGAAGCCAUAAAAUCUUGUUGCACUAAAGGAAUGUUUACAGUAAUCAGUGUGUUGGUGAUGGUGAUGAUGAUGAUGAUGAUGAUGAUGAUGGAUGUUUGUUUGUUGUUCAUCUUCAUAAAAACAAACAUAAUAAAAACAAAUUUUAAUAAACUAUCCCUGACCUUCAUCUCAGGACUAAAUCUAAAAUGGCCGUCUAAUGAACACUGCGCUGGUAUGUGAUGUCAUUUCCUUUUUCUUUCUUUUUUUCACUUUAAUUUUAAUUGAUUUUCCUCAUUUUACACAUACAUCAAUAAACAGCACACGUGCCAUUAAAGACAAACAAAGAAAAUAAAAGAAAGAGUCAUGUCCUGUUG